UCGAUUGAUUUUUCAAUCAAAACGUCAAACAACAAAAUCAGAUUGCAACGGAUUGGACUCGGGAGUAAAAUAUUUACAAAUUCGUGUAUUAAUCUGUUAUUUUCUAGAUAAAAAUGUGGCCCAUAUAUUCUACAAUAAGCAGUGCUUCGAGUGAAGUGAAAUAAAAGUGACGGACAAUGCGUUUACAUCCGUAACACGCCUUCGGUCUGCGGAAAAUUACAUUGAAGAAAAAAUCAGAGGAAAGCUGAGUGUGCAAAGUGCUCUUACGUCACUGCAGCAGAUUUUCGUCAUUCCUCCGAGGAUUUCACUCUUGUUUUUAUUCGCUGCACAUUGUUUGCUCGCUGCAUCUAACUAGAGGGAAAAGCUGAUAUUUCAGUUUUGUAUGCGGAUAGAACAACAGUGUAUUAUAUUUACCCAACCCGAUCCGAACGCAAUUUCGUGGAAUCAUCAUUCUUCCACCGUCACGAAAGUGAUAUCUGGAGGUCAGUCGCGGGGGCGUUUAGUCGAUUCUUUGCUGACGAUAAUAAUCCAGCAGGCAGAGGACGCAAACGAAAACGAAAGAUUCUACUUCAUUGAACUGAACACGUACAACGCAUAAGCCGGCUGCACUAUGGCGAUGUCGAAAGGAUUUCGUGUGCUGGAGAAAUCCAAACCUCCUUCACCACAUAGCGUACUGCUGGAACAUAGGAACAAAUCGGAAACGUUACUGUUCGAAUCGCAGGCGGUAGCGGUGCUCUCUGCCCAGGAAACGGAAAUCGUUCGCAAACAGUACACCAAAGUGUUGGACGCAUACGGAUGCCUAGGCGUAUUGCAGCUGAAUGCUGGCGAUAGCUCUCUACUCUAUCUGGUGAUGGUCACCGGAUGCUUCUCAGUCGGGAAAAUUUUAGACAAUGAAAUAUUCCGCAUCACUCAAACGCAGUUCGUCUCGCUGCAGUACCAGCCGACGAACGAGGACCGAAUCUCCGAAAUCCGUAAGGUGCUAAACUCUGGCACGUUUUACUUUUCGUUCGCAAAUCCAGCGCCCAGCAAUAGUGUGCAGUUGGCAAGUGGUGGCUUUAACUUCGACAUCACACUUUCGGCGCAAAGACGAAGAAGGACCACCAAGACAGAUAAUCGGUUCUUCUGGAAUCGCAUGUUGUUCAUUCAUAUGUUGCGGUUUGGAGUGGAGUGCAAUUUUUGGCUGCUCAAAGCGAUGUGUGGAUCGGUGGAAAUUAGAACAGUUUAUGCCGGAAGUAAACAAGCCAGAGCGGCCAUUAUAUCCAGAUUAAGCUGUGAACGUGCUGGAACACGUUUUAACGUAAGGGGAACAAACGACGAAGGCUGUGUGGCCAACUUCGUGGAAACCGAGCAGUGUAUUUACCUCGACAACGAGGUAUCGUCGUACAUUCAGUCUAGGGGAAGUGUUCCUUUAUUUUGGGAGCAGCCAGGCGUGCAGGUGGGUUCCCACAAAGUUAAAUUAUCGCGAGGCUUUGAAGCUUCGCGAUGUGCAUUUGAUCGGCAUAUGACAACGAUGAAAUCACGGUACGGCAAACAAGCAAUAAUCAAUCUUCUCGGGACAAGCCUGAUAGGUAGCAAGGAAGGAGAAGCCAUGUUAAGCAACGAAUUUCAGCGGCACCAUAGGGAAUCCGAUCACACGGAUGUGCCCCAUAUUGUUUUUGACUACCAUCAAGAAUGCAGGGGAGGUAACACGAGCGCCUUGUCGAAGCUGAAGGCCAAGAUUGAUGCAAUGUGCUCGGAUUAUGGUUUGUUCCAUGCCAUUGGCGAUAGUGUGUUUCGAGAACAGAAAGGAACAAUUCGAACUAAUUGCUUAGAUUGUCUGGAUCGUACAAAUUGCGUCCAGACUUAUAUUGGGUUAGAGAUUUUGAACGAGCAAAUCACACAGAUGUCUGCGUUAUCGGAUAAGAAGCAGCAGAUUGCAUCGCGGUUUGAGGAAAUUUUCCGACAGAUGUGGAUCAACAAUGGCAACGAAGUAAGCAAAAUUUAUGCCGGAACCGGUGCCAUACAAGGUGGUUCGAAGUUGAUGGACGGAGCGCGAUCCGCUGCCAGAACGAUUCAAAACAACUUGUUAGACAGUUCGAAGCAGGAAGCUAUCGAUGUUUUGCUCGUCGGCUCAACGCUUAGCUCAGAAUUGGCCGAUCGGGCAAGGAUAUUGCUUCCAUCGAAUAUGCUGCAUGCGCCGACGCCUGUGCUCCGAGAGAUGUGUCGCCGUUACGAGGAAUUUGUCAACCCGCUGGAUUUGCGAAUUGCAUGUGGCACGUACAACGUCAACGGCGGGAAACACUUCCGCAGUGUAGCAUAUAAAGAUGUGUCCCUUGCUGAUUGGCUGCUCGAUUGCCAUCGACUGGCUCGGUCCAAAUCAUUGGUUGAUGUUAGUCAUCCUGAGGAGAGUAAGGAACCACCAAUCGACGUAUUCGCAAUUGGAUUUCAAGAAAUUGUCGAUCUGAAUGCAUCGAAUAUUGUUGCGGCAAGCUCGGAUAACGCAAAAGCGUGGGCAGAAGAGUUGCAGAAAGUCAUUAGUCGCGAUGAAGAGUAUGUCCUGUUGACCUAUCAGCAGCUUGUUGGCGUUUGCUUGUACAUCUACAUUCGGCCCAAGCAUGCUCAGCAUAUUCGCGAUGUGGCGAUUGAUUGCGUUAAGACGGGUCUGGGAGGUGCAACGGGAAACAAGGGAGCGGCUGCAAUUCGGUUCGUAAUCCACGGAACGUCAAUUUGUUUCGUUUGCGCUCAUUUUGCCGCUGGCCAAUCGCAAGUCGCCGAACGUAAUGCGGACUAUGCUGAAAUCACCAGAAAAAUCGCAUUCCCGAUGGGACGGUCGUUGAAGUCACACGAUUACAUUUUCUGGUGCGGAGAUUUUAACUAUCGGAUUGAUAUGGAAAAAGAUGAGCUGAAGGAUACGCUGAAGCAGGGUGAUAUUGGUGCAGUGUUGCAGUACGAUCAAUUACGAAUCCAGCAGAACACGGGAAGCGUAUUCAAUGAUUUCUUGGAAGGUGAAAUUUCGUUCCCUCCAACGUAUAAAUAUGAUCUGUUCAGUGAUGAUUAUGAUACUAGUGAAAAAUGUCGAGCGCCGGCUUGGACGGAUCGAGUGUUGUGGCGUCGUCGUAAGCAGAGUCCAGAUGCGGAUAAGCAUCCGAACUGGAAUCCCGGCAUUUUAGUGCACUACGGUCGAGCAGAACUGAAGCAAAGUGAUCACAGGCCUGUUAUUGCCAUUAUUGAUAUCGACAUUUGCAAGAUUGAUCAGCAACGAAGAUCACAAGUUUUCAACGAUGUCAUCAGAGAUUUGGGACCGCCAGAUGGAACUAUUUUGAUCCAAGCUACAAACGUAUCCGGUAAUACAGAUUCUGGUGAUGAAGAUGAGGGCAGUAUUUACGAUGAGAAUUUAAUGAGCGCAUUGAUCCAGGAAUUGACGCAGAUCGGUGAAGUAACUCUGGUCCGAUUCGUAGGUGACACCAUGUGGGUUACGUUCCGCGAUGGUCAAUCGGCUUUGACAGCUGCUCAGAAGCAGUUUGUGCAAGUGUGUGGAGUAAAUCUCGCCAUCAAACUGAAAACCGAAAACUGGAUCCAACGAGUAGAAAAGGAGAUUCUUCUUUGCACACCAAACACAGUUACUUUCUGCGAUAGUCAAAUAGGCGACUACAACAGCCUUGGCAUUCCGGAGGUUCCCUCGCGUCCAAAAAGUCCUCCAAAUCUACAGCAAGCGCCUCUCAGACCCGCUCCUCCUAACAGGCCCCCAUUGCCCAAAUCUCCGCAAGCGUCUCCGAAGCAUCAACCCCACCAUCACCAUCCAAAAGCAGGGGUCAUCAGCUUGGGCGCUGAAGUGCUAAUGGCGUCCAAGUUGCACCAAAAACCAGCCGUUCCUCCCGCGCCUCUGGUGCCAACUUCAGCUACAACGAAAACAACUCCUCCCGUUGAAGAAUAUGCCAGUUCUAGUCCGAUACUUGGCUCGCCAGCGCACGGGUCGUCGCUGGGCAAUACCCCUUCCCAGGACACUGGGGCAAUUUACGAAGAGAUAAAUGACGAUAUUGCCAUACCAGAGCCAAGAGGGCCACCGCCUCCUCCACCGCGCUGUGAUGUAUACGACCUGGACGUGAUCAGCAACAAUAAAUCCAACAAGUCAUCUCCUCCUGGGACCUCCGGUGGCAGCUCUGGUGCCAGCUCACCUCAAUCGUCCGUUCCAGCGUGCGCAUCCCAGGCACCACCCAAGACAAAUCCUCCUCCGUUGCCAGUGCGGCGCGGGGUGCCACCUCCGAUACCAAAUCGAAGCGGCGGGGCACCUCCACUCCCUGCCCGACCCAAUAAUCCUUAAACAGCCGAGCAGAAUAUCCAAAGUUUAUAUUUAAAACAACAAGCAGUCAAUAAUCAUCUAACUACAGAUUAGAAGGAAAAGUUUUACCUAUAACACUGUCAAAGGGUAUAAUCAUCAAUCACUACAACACGUUUAGAAAUAGAAACUUCUAGACCACUGUUACUGCAAGUAGGGAUGCUCAUCCAGAGCUGAUACUAAGCGAAAUUUCUUAACUGUGCAAUUACGUGUUGCAUUCAUCAAUGGUAGUUUAGUAUCAAAAAAGAUAUUUACUCAGCAAAACUUAUCACAUUCCACAGUCUAUAUUUGCAUGUAUAUUUUGUUAAAUGUUCAAACGUGAGUUAGCUGUAAUUGUACUGUAUAAUUAAGUAGGGCAGCUUAUCUUGUAUAUUUUGUGUAUUUAUUCAAAUUUAUUGGCAAGCUGAAAUAAAUGCUCAUGCUUUAAGUUUAUCAAACUGUUCAAACUCGAAUCGAUUCCUUAAACGAAAACCUAUUGUGAUUUAUUGGAAAUGUAUGUAAAUGUGAAUAAAUUAUAUCCAAAUAGUAAGUGUUAACAACAGGUUAGUUAUUAUUACCGUGCAAUUUUGAAACGAAACGCGUCACAGAAGAAGCAUGACAUUUUGUCCACUGAUAAAGUUUAUAAAAAGGGCCCAAUUUCCGGUACAGGACUAAGGUCCGAUAGAUAUAUUAUUAUGCCAAAACUUCAACGUAGUGCUUUGUGCUAUCUGCGGCAAUACUUGUCACUUUUAUAUUAUAAAAAAAAAUGUUUUUAUUUUAUGGUAAAUUCGACUUCCAAAUGUGAAUCCAAAGGAAUUGUAAAAAUGCUAAGAAGCACCUGAUGGAAGGCAUACAUUUGUAUAUGUGUGUGUAUACUUCUCUUCGUCGAACAAAAAAAAUACAUCAGGCAAUAAAAAACUAACAUUAUUUUGACUAUAAUAUCUGCAAAUGGAUAAAAAAAAUCUAAAUAUUUUAAGAUGUUUUCGCUCAUAUUCGUUCAUUUUAGCACGGUAAAAAUAAAAAUCACAAAUUAUUGUUGUUCGAUUGCUGUAACCAUACCUAACAAAAAGCAACACAAUACAAUAGCUAUUAUCGCGAUAUGAAUGAUGUUUUAUUAAAGUUCAUGAUCGCGAAAACAAAUGGUAAAAGAAAUACCUAUCUAGUGAAAUCAUUACAAUUAAAUUAUGCGCUCGUCGUGUCACCUUUAGGAGAAAAAAAUUAAGUAUUAUAUCAUUCGUUAUAGAAAACAGCAUAAAUAAAACAAAAUAUUCAAAACAGCA